AGAAGUUUCAUUAUCUUCUAUUUAAAUCUUUCAUUUCGCAUUAGGGAGAUUCACGAGCUUUUGACGGAUGAUCGAUCCAUUAAAACCCCGAUCCAUGACUACAACUAGCCGAAAGAACACACAUUGGUGUAAUACUUGCAGACGAGGAAUCCGUCUACAAGGAGAAGGCAGAAGAGGAGGAGCUUGCAUUCACUGUGGUGACACCUUUCUUGAAAGGCUAUAUGAGAACGUCGAACUAAGCCCUUUUGAUCUCUUCGGUUUAGCCUUUGAAGAAGCUCGUAAUCGUCGCCGCAACAACAGAAGUAGACCCGUUCUCGGAGACCAACCAACUUUUGAAGAGUUGUUUAACCGGCUCUCAGCACAAGACCGCCGUGGUCCUCCUCCAGCGUCACCAACCGCGAUCAACUCGUUACAAAAGAUCAAAAUCAGACAGAAGCAUCUCGGUUUGGAUCUGUGUUGCCCUGUUUGCCAAGACCGGUUCGAAAUAGGAUCGGAUGCAAGAAAGAUGCCGUGUAAACAUAUAUACCAUUCGGAAUGUAUAGCCCCGUGGUUAGUCCAGCGUAACUCUUGCCCUGUAUGCCGCAAAGAACUGCCACAAGACAGAAACAAUGGCUGGAAAAAACCAUUGAUGUAUCUGUGGCCGUUCAGCAUUUUUUUGUCGAUGGGUAAAACCGAGGAUGAUGUGAGCCUCCGUGACGCCGGCGGGGAACCUACCGGCGAUUCGACGGAGAGGAGGAAUGCUCGGUGUGUGAGUUGCCAAUGGAUCUCGAGCUUCGUUGGGUUCAAAUGUUUCUUCUUGUUGCUUCUCUCCGUCUCUUUGUUUCUUUCGGCUUUGUUUUUGUUGCUUCCCUUUCCUGUGGAUCGUGAGGAUUCCAAUCUCGAUCCCAGAUUUAGAGGUCAUGCUAUCGUUGCCAGUUUUAGCAUCAAUCGACCGGCUUCUUUUCUUAAUGACAAUAUCUUGCAGCUUAGAGAUGACAUCUUUCAAGAGAUGAGCUACAUAUCCAUCAAUGUAACUAUUUUGGCUUUUGAACCGUCGGAUGGAUUGAACAUAACAAAGGUUGUGUUUGGAAUUGACCACGAUACAGAUUACCGAGAAAUUUUACCUUUUUCCUUGAGUUCUAUCAAAGAGAUGUUCGAAUCGGUGCUCAUAAAUCAAUCUACUCUCCAGCUUACAAAAUCCUUGUUUGGGGAAACCUUCCAUUUUGAAGUGUUAAAGUUUCCAGGAGGAAUCACUGUGAUUCCGCCGCAAAGUGCUUUCCCUCUCCAGAAAUUCAAGAUUGUUUUCAACUUUACCCUAAAUUACUCUAUUCACCAGAUACAGAUAAACUUCAAUACCCUUGCUAGUCAACUCAAGAAUGGGCUGAAUCUUGCACCAUACGAGAAUUUGUAUGUAAGCUUAUCGAAUUCAGAAGGGUCAACCGUGUCUCCUCCUACAACUGUUCACUCAUCGGUUUUGCUAAGAAUCGGGACUUCAAAUUCAAGCCCAAGGUUGAAACAACUGACUGAUACCAUUACAGGUUCACGCUCGAAAAACCUCGGCCUGAAUAAUACCAUAUUUGGUAAGGUCAAGCAAGUUCGUCUUUCAUCUUUCUUGCCAAACAACAGUGAUAGUAGCACUAAGUCUCCAUCACCCUCACCUAGUCCCCAUUCCAAGCACCACCACCAUCAUCACCAUCGCCAUCACCACCACCACCAUCAUCACAGCCAUCAUCAUCACCACCACCAUCAUAGCCCAAAAAUGGCUCCAGAGGUUUCACCUGUGGCCUCUCCUGCUCCACAGAGAAACCGUAGGAUAGCUCCGUCUGCGCCUCCACCCUGCAACUUAGACAAUAUAAGACCAAAGAGAGUACAUUUCAAAGAGAAACACGUGCAUUUUUGUUCCACACCUACGCCUGCUCCUUCUGCUGGGGUACCACGUCAUCAGCUGCACUCGCCAUCCCCUAUUCCUGCAGCCAAUUCUCGUAUAGUUCCAGUCUCUGCCCCUCUACCACAUGUGGUGUUUGCCCAUGUAGCUCAACCACCCAAAACAGAAGCAACAGAACCACACGCAAAUGAAGAUGCUCAUCCUCAACCUCAGUCCUCUUCAUCAGCGAAUGAGGUUUUACCAGCUAUUCCAUGGAUUGUCCUUCUCAUGUUGAUAGUGACCAGGCUUCGUGAAUAACGACAUUAACAUGUCUAGUUUUACUCAAAACUUAAGUGUAUAAAAAUGAAUUCAUAUGGAAUCUAGAAACAGAACUGGAAGAGUUGUUAUAGAAUGUUGCUGCACAAAAUAGUGCAGGCUUCUACUUAUAUUCCAAUCGAAUAUAUGCUCUAAGAGCUUUUUUUGUAUA